AACACAUCAAGGAAAUAGAUAUCAAUAGCUAGCAAAUGUGCAGGGUGAGGGUCUCCAUGGAUAAGCCCGUAUUGGGUUUUGCGGUUGUGAGCAUUUCUCUUGCUUUGGUUAUUGGGGUGGUGAACUCUGAGACAACAUCAUUUUGUAGCCAAACUCCGUAUCCUGAAACAUGUGAGUCCUUCAUGGCCCGUUCUAGACCUCUUGUCACCUUAACCCAAUUCAGCUUCCGGGAAACCACCCUUAAUUUGACCUUGGACCAAGCCCUACGAGCUCAUGGGCUCAUUUCUGCCAUGGAAUUGAGCUCAUUUGGUGAGAGGGCCAAGGUGGCGUGGGCUGAUUGUGUGGAGCUUUAUGCGGACACAAUCACCCAGCUUAAUCGCACAGUACUGGUGACACAGAAUCCAUUGGCCUGGUGGAAUGCUCAAACAUGGCUGAGUGCUGCGAUCGCCAACGAGCAGACAUGCCAAAACGGCUUCCUUGACUUAAACAUGUCUUCUUACUUGUCUUCCUUUCCUUAUAUGUUGAGCAACUUCUCCAAGAUGGUUAGCAACUCGCUUGCCAUAAACAAGGCAUCGGUUUUAUCAGCAGCGUCUCUGUUGGGUAAGCAAGGUGGUAAUCGCCGGUUGCUUUCUGAUGGCUUCCCGACAUGGGUCUCUGCUGCAGACCGGAAGCUUCUUCAGUCACCCGGUGCAGCUUUACGAGCUGAUGUUGUGGUGGCCGCAGAUGGGUCUGGUAAUUACAAGACCAUCUCUCAGGCGGUGGCUGCUGCUCCAGGAGGUGGGUCGAAGAGAUUUGUAAUAUAUGUGAAAAGGGGAGUUUACAAAGAAACCGUUGAGAUUAAGGCACCAAACAUCAUGUUGAUUGGAGACGGGAUCGAUGUUACAGUUGUUACUGGCAGUAAGAGCAUCCAGGAUGCUGGCACAAGUUUCCGAUCAGCAACAGUUGGGAUCACCGGCAAUGGGUUCAUUGCUCGGGAUAUGACGUUCGAAAAUACAGCGGGACCCCAGAAGCACCAAGCAGUUGCCCUCCGCUCAGGCUCGGAUCUCUCAGUGUUCUACCGGUGCAGCUUCAAAGGUUACCAAGACACCUUAUACGUGCACAGUAAUCGCCAGUUCUACCGCAACUGCGACAUCUACGGCACGGUUGAUUUCAUCUGGGGAGAUGCCGUCGCUGUUCUCCAGAAUUGCAACAUCUAUGUUAGAAAGCCCAUGAGCGGUCAGAAGAAUACGGUGACUGCUCAGGGACGGACAGACCCCAACGAGAACACAGGCAUUUCAAUCCACAAUUCAUUGGUAACAGCCACUUCUGACUUGAAGGCUGUUCAGGGUUCAUUCAAGACAUACCUCGGGCGGCCAUGGCAAAAGUACUCGAGGACAGUAUUCAUGAAGACAUCUCUUGACAGCCUGAUCGACCCGGAAGGGUGGCUCGAGUGGAGUGGCAAUUUUGCAUUAAGCACUUUGUACUAUGGGGAGUUCUUGAACACCGGGCCCGGUGCAAGUACAAGUGGGCGAGUAAAGUGGGCAGGUUUUCACGUCAUGAACAAGGCUGACGCCCAAAAAUUCACCGUCGAGAGCUUCUUGGGAGGAAGCUCUUGGAUUGCAGCUGCCGGAGUCCCCUUCACUCCUGGGCUGUAACUACUUGGGAAUUGGAAUAUUUCUCCUUUGGGAGAGGGCUUCUUUUUAUAAAUAAAUAAAGCGAGUGUUUAGUUUAUCACUUUGAUAGCUUUUGGAUUAUCUCUCAUGAAGUCAAGACUUGGGAGUUGGGAGGAUCAAUACCA